GCGCUAUUGGCUGCUUCGGAGCUCCGCAGUAAAGAGAGUGUCAGUGACUGGUGUGUGCAGGUAAACGCUGAGCGGAGCAGGAUCACGCAUGGAUCUGGUACUGAAUUUUGCCGACUCUCAUUUCUUCACUCCGUAUGUGUACCCGUCGUCCUGGCCUGAAGAUGAGGCCGUGCGGCAGAUCAUUGGGCUGCUGGUGGUCACCAACCUCGGAGCUGCAAUUUUGUAUCUUGGUCUGGGAGCUUUAAGCUAUUACUUCAUCUUUGACCACAAUUUAAUGAAGCAUCCUCAGUUUUUAGAGAACCAGGUGAGACGUGAAAUAAAGUAUGCUCUGACCUCUUUGCCGUGGAUCAGCAUUCCCACUGUUGCACUGUUCUUUGCCGAAGUUCGGGGCUACAGCAAGCUUUACGACAAUGUCACUGAAUCUCCGCUGGGUUGGUCAGGACUGAUCUUCAGCAUGUUCUCCUUUCUCUUUUUCACCGAUAUGUGCAUUUACUGGAUACACAGAUUCCUCCACCAUAAACUCAUCUAUAAGAAUUUCCAUAAACCGCACCACGUGUGGAAGAUCCCGAGUCCGUUCGCCAGCCACGCUUUCCACCCCGUAGACGGCUUUCUCCAGGGCCUGCCCUAUCACAUCUACCCUUUCCUUUUCCCCCUGCACAAGGGACUCUACCUGGGCCUCUAUGUGUUUGUGAACGUGUGGACCAUCUCCAUUCACGAUGGCGAUUACAGGGUGCCACGGCUGCUGCAGAAGUUCAUCAACGGAGCCGCGCAUCACACCGAUCACCAUCUGUUCUUCGACUAUAACUACGGACAGUAUUUCACGCUGUGGGAUCGCCUCGGAGGCUCGUACAGGCAUCCGUCUGCACUGAUGGGGAAGGGGCCGCUCGAGUGCGUUAGGAACCUAAAGAGCUCAUUAAUGGGCCGUGCUAAUGGUAAAGCUGAGUAGAUCACCAUCACUGUAACAAUGCUCUUUCACAAACAUUAAUAUCCUUAAGUAAGUAUUUAUUGUUUAAAGCAUGGUGUCAGAUUUUCUUUUUUUGCAUCCGCCAGAGCAGGGGGUUCUCAAACGUUUUGCAGCCCAUUAACUGUAGUAAAAAUCUAUGUACUGAGAAGGACACUUUCUCAAAACGCAUUCAUAUUAAAAGUGCCAUUAGGUUUAUUAUUAUAGACCGACAUGUUUUUCAGUUACAGAUUUCUUUCAGAUCCAUUAUAUUUCAAGCAACUAUGAAAUGAGUUUAUUUACUAUUAAAACCUGAUAGUAAAACUAAUAACAAUUAAUAGACCCCUGGAAAUACUUUGUAGACCCUUUUAAGAAAUAAAGAACCCCCGAGCUUCAAAAGCAAUAUAUAUUUUUCAAUACAGGAGCCCUUUUUUUUAAAUUCCAACAAUAAAGUGCCAAACAUCUGUGAAUUGCAUUAAAAAAAACCAAAGUAAUACAGUUUGUACAAAAGUAUUUGGACAUCAGUGGAUCACACCCCACCCCCAUAAAGAAAGAACAGAUGUGGGAUGAACCGGAAAUGCAGACUGUACCUCAGAACUCAUCACCAAACAUCAGGACCUGAUCUUAUGCACUUGUGGAUGAAUGGAACAAAUCUUCACAGAAGCUACAGUAGUGGAAGGUCUUCGCAGAAGAGCGGAGGUUAUCAUAAAGAGCGAAGGGGAAACUAAAUCUGGAUUUAAAAAAAUAAAAAAACGGCGUUAUGUUCAGGUUGACACAAACGUGGGCAUAUAGUGUAAGUUUCAGUUCAUAACAAGAAAGAAAUAAUGUGUAAAAUUUAAUAUUGAGAUUAUUGGAUUAUUAAUAAAUUCAUUAUUGAAUCAAAUACUUUUGGUUGAAGUUAAACAAUAAAAUGUAUAAUGCCAAUAAAAAGCUCAUGAAAUAAAGUGUGGCAGUGACUUUA